UUUCGCGCCCAAAUGCAUUUGAUGCCAAGAACCUCCAUAAAACAUGAUGCGUGGCGUCCUUCUUUUUGUUUCUCCGCGCCAUACUUUUGUUUUUAGAAAGGCAUCAGAAGAAGAAGAAAGCGACCUUAGAUGAGCACUUGAAUCUGCCUACAGCUGCUACCUUCCAUUAAGCCCACGACAAGGAAACGAGUACACCCCGCAUAAGAUAAGGUAUACCAUUAGGCGAGUGCAAGAAGACUGACAGCCGUCAAUCUGUUCGGAAGUAAACAAAAGAAUGCUGAUAUUCUUGCUAAUUGCUACUAAUGUGCUUGGCAGAGUUUAUUCUGACUCCAUUGCCGACCAAUUCCUGGACAAAGUCAUCUAUGGGCCCCUCGAAAAAGAAAUCAAAGCCAUGAAUUUGGAUCCAGCUUCCCUGCCGGACUUUGGAAUACCAUUCACAUACGAGUUCGGUUUCAUCCCUAUAUCCGGAAGAGUAGACUUCACCAAUGGAAUCUUCAAUGGAUUAUCGCGCAUUAGGAGGCUCGCCCAAUGCGAUGGACCAUCCUUUGACCUUGAUGACAUUAAAAUCGAGUGUGGACUUAAUUUUUUCGGAAUGGAUAUUGUCUAUGACGGAAAAGCUACAAUCGAACAGUUAAUACCUAUACCUUUUCAGGUAACCGGAUACGUCAAUGAAACCCAUACUCAUUCGGUAAUUUCCGGAGUCCCGACAAGCCUGAAAGGUAAUUUGAGGUUAUUCGAGAUUACCAAGUUUGGGGACAUAAACCUGAGACUGUCGAACUUGGGUUUGUUUCAGAGUGCUUACAAUGCAGUGGAGGAAAGAUUUCGGGAAAGAGUCAGAGAGGAGUUAGUAACGAUCAUUAUGACCAUGUUUCCCAUAGCAUUUAAACAAGCCAUCAUGCAAGUGAGGUUGCCUGGUUUGGGAUAGUUGUAUUAUUUUUUUUAAAAAAAGUAACAUAUAACAUUUGUAAAUCUAUAUUAAACUAUAAUAUAAUUCUAAUAAUGAAAUUGGAAAGUUUGAAAUAAAGAUAAAGAAAAUUGA